CACAUUAACCAUCUUUCUCUUCCACAAACGGUUUUCGUUUAUUUAUAACAAAAAACUGUUUGCUUUUUCUUCGAAUGGCCCUCAAAUUACGUUCCCUUUUUUCAAGAUCAGGAGGCUCAUUCAAAGAAAAGAGCGAAAAAUUGGUUAAGAGCUCAAGUAUGUCGGGGCUUGAGGGGGAUGGUGUUGGCACUGCUGCAGGGUGUAAGUUCACGCCUUUGUCGGCGAUGGCGGACGCGUUCGAGGACAUCUCGGCGACGGUGAACGAGGCCGGAUUUAACGGUGAUCUCGAUUUGAAGAGCUUCUGUGAUGCGUGCUCUCAUGUCUCUAUUCUCUUUGGCUGCCUUGGCGCGGCCUUUAAAUUUGCUGAGUUCGAGUAUUGUUCGAAGGUGAAUGGGCUUAAGGGGGCAAUAAACACACAUUUGACAUUAUGCAAAAUAAUAGAUCAUGACAUGAAACAAGACAAAGUUAAGACAAAAGGAAGUCUUACUCGUCAGCUGCGAAGAGUGAGACAAGGCAUUGAUCUCAUUGCAACUCUGUUCCAGAAUUUCCUCAACUCAGAUGACCCGAGUUUGAAAGAAGCCGCGACGUCGGCUUAUGCAGAAACCUGCGCACCUUACCACACUUGGGCUGUAAGAACUGCUGCUUCGGCAGGGAUGUACGCUCUUCCUACAAGGGAGCAGCUGCUCGUCAAAAUGAACGAAACUCAGGAAUCAGCGGAGAGGGAGAUGAGAAGAUUCAUCAAAGCCUCGGUUCCGGUCAUAGCAUACAUUGACAAGCUCUACACUGUGAGAAAUAUCAGCUUGGAUUGGUGAGGCUGUGGAGGUUCGUCGCCCGGAUCUCAC